ACUAGACCAACAUCAACUUCUGUAUUGCUAUGUCGGGCGCUUCUUGAACUUUGAUCGAUUUUAUCCAAUCAAUCUCUUCCUCCCAUCAAAUCCAGAAAGUCUAUUAGGAGAAUCCAUCAUUCUUGCCUUGGCGAUCAAGCAAAAUUCUAUAUUCGAUAUCUGAAAAAACUCACAGAGGAAUGAAGCAUGGGUGGGAUUUAAUUUGUAUUCAUAAUACUGACGACAAUUGCCCUUGCAUAGAAGGCGGAUUGUCAACUCUGAAGCCUUAUUGCUUCUUAGUUUUCUUCUGAUUUGGUAUCUCCGAUCUGAUCAAUUGAGCGGUCGAUCAAAACAUUUGUCAGAAACCUCAGUGUGGGUUAUUGUCGUCGAUACUAUCAAUGUAUUGUUUAAUUUGUAGAUGAAGUGAGGGUUUUUUAUUUUGUAAAACGAAACAUAUCGGUCGGAAGAUGGAACGACAACGGUGGAGUCCUCCAAAACACAGACAUGAUGGGACGUCACCAUUGCCUUUCGGGAUGGAUUGGAGCCCUCCCCCUAAGAAAUGGAAUGGACGGGAGACAGUUUGGCCACAUGAUUCUCACACAGGAUGGAGUUACUGCGUCACAAUUCCAACUUGGGUUGUACUUCCAAAGUCUAGAGAAUCAGAGGCUGUUGUGUUCUAUAGGGUUCAAGUUGGCCUACAAUCGCCCAAAGGGGUUACAACAACACGUGCGGUGUUAAGAAGAUUCAAUGAUUUCUUGAAAUUACUUGCUGCUCUUAGAAAAGCAUUUCCCAAAAGGAAUUUCCCAUCAGCACCACCAAAGGGACUCUUGCGGUUAAAAAGUAGAACGCUUUUGGAAGAGCGCCGAUGCUCUUUGGAGGAGUGGAUAACAGAGUUGCUAUCUGACAUUGAUAUAUCGAGAAGCUUUGUAGUGGCGUCGUUUCUUGAACUAGAAUCUGCUGCUAGAUCUUCAUUCCAAGAUGACAACCAGCAAACUGUAGAAGGAAAUUAUUCUGUGAAUAAGACCGUGUCUCCACUUCUUUAUUCUAAUUCCAGUGAUUCGGUGGUUUCUAGUAGUACAAUAGUCACACCAGACAAUGGUAGUGAUACUGCUUUUGAGACCUCUGAGGUUGGAACUUCAAUCCUCGGAAGGGAUAAUAUUUCUGAAGCUGAUACAGAUCUGUCGGUGGAUGAAGAUUUGACCGGUCCACUAGAAAAGCUCGUCAAAUAUGGUGUGUCAAACAUCAAUGAAGGCUUGUUUAUGGGACAAACUAUUUUAGAGCAGGUGGAAGGGCAUCCUCGGCAUACGAUUCAUGCCCGGGAGAUCAACAAAGUUACAAGUGGAAGUGCGAGAAAUGGUAAUGCUUCAAGUGCAGCUUAUCUUGAUGUCAACCGAAAGGAGAGUGUGUCUGAAUCAGAACAGGGUAAAGUGAUUGGAAACUUUGAGAAGCUUUCGAAUGGGAAUUUUAGGAGUGAGGCAAGUUCAUUAAGAGGAAGUUUAUCACUAGAUUUGGGGUUUAGCGAUUUGUCUUCAKAUGGUGACCUAAUUUUCCAAAGAGGUGAAGAUGUUUUCAGUGGUAUAACCUUAGUUCUUCCAUUAGAUCAGCAGCUAAAGAUGAACAGGGUUCUUAUCAGUAUGCAGCGGAGACUAGGAACAGCAAAAACUGACAUGGAGGAUCUUAAAUCGCGAUUAAACCAAGAAAUAGCUGUGAAAGAUUAUCUUAAAACUAAGGUCAAGGAUUUGGAAGAGGAACUUGAAACUACCAAACAGAGAAAUAAAGAAAACCUUCAGCAAGCUAUGUUGAUGGAAAGAGAAAGAUUAACUCAAAUGCAGUGGGAUAUGGAGGAACUUCGACGGAAAUCACUAGAAAUGGAGUUCAAGUUGAAGUCUCAACAGGAUGACAAACCAGAAAGAGAAUCCCCAAAUAUAUAUAUGAUUCAAGAAAAAGAUGAAUUGCUUCAGGAGUUAGAUGCUACCAAAAACAAGCUUGAUCACCUAUUGAAGAAAUAUCAAGAGCUAGAAGCGAAAUCAAAAGCAGACGUCAAAGUUCUUGUUAAAGAAGUUAAAUCCCUUAGAACUUCACAAGCCAGUUUGAAACAGCAGCUAAAUCAAUCACUUGAAGAAAAAUCCAAGGCAGAGAAACUACUGCAGGAAGAAAAACACAAGUCUGAGAAAGAAAAGGUCACUAGGAUGAAGUUGAUUCAUGAAUGUGGAGUUCUUCAUCAUCAGCUUCGUGAUUGCAGCAUGAAUAUCUUAGAUGAAACUGAAGAUGAACUCUUUCAAGAUUCUUCAUCGGUGCAAGCUGCUUCUGAAAUGUUGCAAAUAUCUGAUGAUCAGAUCGAAGCUCUCCUUUCUGAGGCCCACAUCUUAUCACAAGAUGAUAAGCAUGAUGUUUCAGACAUAAGUGAGGCUGAUCAUGAACUGAAGAAGAUGUUGUCAAAGAUCCUUGUGGAUAACAUCACACUACGAAAACAAGUAAGUUCUGUUAUUAAUUAUGCUUUAAAAUUUCACAGUUCAAAAGGGAAGGAUGAUGCAGGAAGAUCUGCAGAAAAUGAGUCUAGUCUUUAGAUAUAAAAUGUGUCAAACUGUAUAUACAUGGAUUUGUAUAUGGGCUCUUCUUUGGGUAAUUCUAUCAGUAAGCAGUUGGUUUGUUUGAGGAAGUUGUAUCAUGAUGAACUUAGAUGGAGGAAAGGCAACGUGUUGUAGUUAAAUUUCGGUC